AUGAGUGUCACCGAAGUUUCUCUCAAACCAUUCACCGACCAGAAGCCAGGAACGUUAGUUACAACCCCGCUAUUUCUAUUUGCGCCCCCUUUAGUUGCUAACCAGCAUCAAGCUCUGGUCUGCGAAAGAAGGUCGUCGUCUUUCAACAACCUCACUACAGCGAAGCUUUCGUCACCAGUAUCCUUCUUGCCAUUCCAGAAGGUGUCAAGGACAGUUUCCUUGUCAUUGGUGGUGAUGGGCGAUACUGGAACCCGGAGGUCGUACAAUUGAUCGCUAAAAUUGGAGCUGCAUAUGGCGUAAAGAAGCUUCUGAUCGGUCAGAAUGGUAUCUUGAGUACUCCUGCUGCCAGUCAUGUCAUCCGAAAGCGAAAGGCUACCGGUGGUAUCCUUUUAACUGCCAGUCACAAUGCUGGAGGUCAGUUACAAUCUGCCUAUUACACCAUACUCCUCUAACUUUGAAUUGUAGGACCAAAGAACGAUUUCGGAAUUAAAUACAACCUUGCCAACGGUGGUCCAGCUCCCGAAUCUGUCACGAACAAAAUCUACGAGAUCUCCAAGACCUUGACCUCCUACAAAAUCGCAGAUAUCCCAGAUAUCGACAUUUCCACAAUUGGCACAAACACAUGUGGCUCUUUGGAGGUGGAGGUUAUUGAUUCGGUCUCGGAUUACCUCGAGAUGUUGAAGGAUAUCUUUGAUUUCCCUCUCAUCAAGAAAUUCUUCCAAAACCACACCGAUUUCAAAGUUUUGUUCGAUGCUCUUUCUGGUGUUACUGGCCCAUACGGAACUGCUAUUUUCGAGAAGGAAUUUGGUCUUCCAAGUUCCAGCACACAAAACUGCGUUCCUUCCCCAGAUUUCAACGGUGGUCACCCAGAUCCUAACCUUACAUACGCACACUCCUUAGUCGAGGCUGUUGAUAAGGGAAAUAUCCAUUUCGGAGCUGCUAGUGACGGAGAUGGAGACCGUAACAUGAUUUACGGUGCCAAUGCUUUCGUUUCUCCUGGAGACAGUUUGGCAAUUAUCGCCCACCACGCACAGCUUAUUCCUUACUUCAAGAAGCAGGGUGUUUACGGUCUUGCACGUAGUAUGCCAACCUCUGGUGCUGUAGACCUUGUUGCCAAAGCCCAAGGUCUGAACUGCUAUGAGGUCCCAACUGGAUGGAAGUUCUUCUGCGCACUAUUCGACGCUGACAAACUCUCCAUCUGUGGUGAGGAGUCUUUCGGUACUGGUAGCAACCACAUUCGUGAGAAGGAUGGUCUAUGGGCUGUCGUUGCUUGGUUGAACAUUAUUGCUGGUAUUGGUGAGGCCAACCCAGAUGUUCUUCCAAGUAUUUCCAAGAUUCAGCAUGAUUUCUGGACCGAGUAUGGACGUACAUUCUUCACCAGAUACGAUUACGAAGAUGUCAGCAGUGAGGGCGCUGCUAAGCUUGUCAAGGGCUUGAAUGACAAGAUUGCUGAUUCAUCAUUCAUUGGUUCAACCAUUGGAGGUUUGUUUACUUCCUACAAUCCCUUUUAAUUUUACUAACACACUCUAGACCGAACCGUCAAAGAGGCAGGAGACUUCUCCUACACCGACCUCGACGGAAGCGUAUCUUCCAACCAAGGUCUCUACGUCAAAUUCUCCGACGGAUCUCGUAUCGUUGUUCGUCUCUCUGGAACUGGCAGUUCUGGUGCUACUAUCCGUUUGUAUAUCGAGAAGCAUUCUAGUGAUGCUAGUACCUACGGACUGGAUGCUCAGGACUUCCUCAAGAAGGAUGUAGCGUUCUCGACUGAGCUUUUGAAGUUCCAGGAGCAUAUUGGACGUACUGAGCCCGAUGUUAAGACAUAAAGGGUAGAUGUAAGGGAUUGGGUUUUUUGGAGGGAUAGGUAGAUGAGCUAUGAUUGAUGAGGGAUGAAGUGUUUAUAACUUGGGCACGUGAAAAAAUAUAAGAAGAUACGAGUUUUAUCAAGCGGAUUGAUGGAUUUAUGACCAAAUUGUGAUUUUAGUAGCAGCAAGAUAAACAUGUCUGGUAUACUCC